AUACAAUUUAUCUAAUUAGGCCUCUGAAAAAUUUGAAACAAUUUGUAAAGUAAGAACUUAGUCUGAUACAAUUUGUUAAGCAGCCUUUACAAUUUGUUUCAGCACACAGAUGGAGGAGGCACUAAACAUCCAUGAUGCUCCGUGUAACAGUGGGAGUGUUUCCACAUCCAGUGAGGCAUCACAAAGACAUCUGCACAAUCAACUUAAACCAAAGAAUGAACAGACGAGUGCCAAAAAACAUGGACUCCAUGAAUUGAAAUUGCACCGUGAAAUUGGGUUAUCUUACCAGGUUUGGGAUAUAGCUGUUAUGGACAACAAUGCAAUUGCUCUGGCCUCAAAGAACAGGGGGUUAUUUCUAUGUAAACCCCCAGAUUAUAAGAUGGAACUGAUAUGUGAUAUCCCAACAAAGAAAAUAACAGCUCUUAAGGAAAACCAUCUUGCAGCAGUGAAAGAGAAUCACUUUAUAAUAGUGAUACUUGAUGAGUUGGGUGAAAUUCUCUGCACCCUCGACUGUAUCGAUGAUCCAUAUUCAAUAGUGGCAACACCUGAUGAUCAACUGAUAGUACAGCACAAGGGUAAAGAUGGCAAGUAUCCAAACCAAUUAUCCACAGUUGACCAUAGAUCCAACAUGGUAUUAUCAACUAUAGAGGUCAUAUCUAUUGACGAUUGGAAAUGCAGCAUCGCGUGCAACUCACAGGGUAUAAUAAUCAUAGCUUUCGGGUGGACCAAUCUUGAAGACACUAUUAUCGGGGUCAAUAGUGAUGGGGAAAUCAUUUUCCAGUAUAAGAGAUCUGAUGGUUACCCGCUUGAUGGGGUUUGGACAACAUGUAUCGACCGACGUGAUAACAUCAUAAUUCCUUGUAGAGAAAACAACAAGCUCCAUAUCUUGAAUUCCCAAGGUCAACUCAUGAAGCUUUAUAACACAGAAAAUGUGUCCAUAGAACGACCACACAUUGUAGCCACUGAUAAACAAGGACAUCUCAUCAUUACAAAUCAAGUGAAGGGAAGUAAGAUGUUUAUCGUGGAUUACAUGCACCUGGAGUAGAAAUCCUGGAGAGUAACAUUGAAAAGCAUACUCAAGGAUGCAAACAAAUAUUCAACAGGAUGCAGGACCAAAGCGUUAUAAUAUGGGGAGACCACUAAAUAUGCUUCAAAAUCUGGAUGGGACAAUCCUGGAGCAUGUUUAUCUAGUUAUUUAUCCUGCACAUUAUAUAGACAUAAUAUCUAUAGAAACUAGAAAAUAUUUGAACAUGUAUUUAUAACUUGGUAAAUGUAAAAUUCAUCAUUGUACAAUUAGUGUAUUUUGGUGAAAUAGAACAUGAAUGUCAAUUUGUCAAGGUAGUUAUUUGGAAAAAUCU